GCCGCCGCCGCGGCCGCCUCCUCCGUCACCACUCGCUUCGCUAGUUCAGUCACAAUUCGGCAUCACUAGCCGCGCGUAUCCGCUACCGUCGCACGCAAAAACUAAACGUAAUUUUAUUCGUAACAAAAAACGAUACGUAAGAAUACACAAUAAUUUGGCGAUCCAUAAUCGAUAAUCCAAACGUAGUCGUUCAAUAACGCGAGCAGAGAGUGUUAUUCGAAUUUUAUUUUUUCCGAUCACCGCAGCACAAUACGGUACCUACAUCAUCGACCGCGGCUGGCCGUGGCAAGAUCGUUUUUUUACUCCCGAAGAAGAAAACAAAUCUCAUGGCGCCCAACAUUAUCCGGCCCAGUCAAAUGUUGAUAUUCAACUCGGCCAUGUGCUACGUGGAACAGCGACAGCACACGGCCGCCGGAGACGUCGGCGGCGGAUCGUCGAUGUCGCCGCCGGCCAAGCGGACGUACGUGAAAAACAUCUCGCCCGAGGAGAAAAUUUUACGCAAAAAAUUACGAAACAGAGAAGCAGCACAGUUAUCUAGAGAUAAAAAGAAAGCGCAAUUCAAUGUUUUAUCAGGAAUGGUUCAUGGUUUAAGAAAAGAGAACGUUCAUUUAAGAGAAGAAAUAGAAACUUUACGAGCCAACCAAGAACAGUUGAUCACCGAAAAUGAAAGGUUACGAGAACAACUUUCUACCGAGUCAUCCAUACCAAAAUCAAUAGUUACAGAAUUCUGUACGACAGCAGUUAAUAACAAGAUUUCGAUUAAUGGACCUGCCGUGUCCAAUAGACACCCUCUGCAGAAGGGCAAACUGAAUCGAAUAUCCUGUUUGACGCUCUGUUAUCAGAUUCUAUUCCUAUUACUGACCAUUCCAUCCUACAUGAUCUCAAGCUUCCAGACGACGAUGACGAUAUGGACUGGCUUGACAACAAUGUAUCAAAACGUUUGGAGAAAAUUGCUGAUGAACUACUCGGCGAAAGUUUCCUUAAUGAAUGUUGUCUUGAUGAAAUGGUGGGGAGCACAUCAGAAAUCAUGGAACCCGGUCAAAAUAUUGAUUUACCAAAUGCAGACAUAAAAGUAGAAGAUGAUCCACUAUUCAUGCUAAACACAGACACAGACACAAUUACAGACGUGAAUACUGUUAAGAUUCCAACUGAAGAAAUGCACUUUUUGGCACCAAAUCUGGUUAAUGCAGACAUGAAAGUAGAAGA